CCCUCGUGCUUUACAGACUCCUGCCGUUGGAGUUGGGAGACACUUUGAGAAAAGACUCUGUGGGGAUGGAGCUGUUUUCAUGUGGAGUCCUGCUGUUGGCCUUAACGCUUACAGGAAGCAACGCACAGCUCGAUGUUUGUGGACAAGCUCCACUUAACACCAAGAUCGUAGGAGGCCAGGAUGCUCCUGCGGGAGCGUGGCCCUGGCAGGUCAGUCUGCAAGCAUCCGGUCGCCACUUCUGCGGAGGCUCCCUGAUCAACAAUGAAUGGAUCCUGACUGCUGCCCACUGUUUCCCCAACACCCCAUCACAACUGACCGUUCACCUCGGAUACGAGUCACUGCAAAGCACUAAUACUAAUGGGGUCUCCCGGUCAGUGUCACGGAUAAUCAUACAUUCACAAUACAACUCCAACUCCAACGACAAUGACAUCGCACUGCUGCGGCUGUCCUCAACUGUUGACUUCACGGACUACAUCCGACCUGUGUGUCUGGCGGAGGAGGGCAGCAACUUCCCUGCAGAGACGACCACCUGGGUCACCGGCUGGGGCGACAUCCGAGACGGCGUUUCCCUUCCUUCCCCUGGGACUCUACAGGAGGUGAGCAUCCCUAUCGUGUCCAACACCGACUGUAACGAUGCCUACAAUGGUAGAAUCACAAGCAACAUGAUGUGUGCCGGCGUGACUCAGGGAGGAAAGGACUCCUGCCAGGGUGACUCUGGAGGCCCACUGGUGGUUAAAAACAGCUCCGUUUGGGUCCAGGCUGGAGUGGUGAGCUUUGGGAUAGGCUGCGCUCAGCCCAAUUUCCCAGGAGUCUACACUCGGGUAUCACAGUACCAGUCCUGGAUCAACAGCCAGAUCACCUCCAACCAGCCGGGCUUCAUCACCUUUGUGCCCUCCUCGGCUCACUUCAUCUACCUCUCAGUUCUUCUGCUGCUCCCCAUCCUCUUCUCUCUCUUUGUCCUCUCAUAGGAAUGCAUCAUUUCUGCUGAACAUCACUGGAAAAACUGUAUUUUCAUCAUCAGUUUCUCAGACAACAGAAAAAUGUUCCCUGAAGGCUCAACAGUUCACACUUGUUUCCAGUUCACUUUGCUGUUUUGAUAACAUCAGACAAACCGGGAAUCCUGGGAAUGUUUGGUUUUAUUUUUGUUUGUCAAGUCAUUAAAACAGAUUAAAAAACAACAAAUCCCCCCCCUCC